CCGAGAGCCGUACGACUGCAUUGUCUGCGGACGGACAAAGAGCGACACAAGCUCUUCUCUCUUUUAUAUAUCCGAGUCGCGAGGUGAGUUGAAAUGGAACGGAACGGAGCGGGCCAGGUGUCAUGACAACCGUCACCAUGAAGACGUUAAUAUCGCAGUUCGCUUCAACUUCGGCUAGUUUGAUGGGAUAACGGCGCCGCUUAGCUGCGUGUGUUUUUCUUCUUUCGGCCGCUUGUGCACAGCUGGCAGCAGAGGUAAACAAAGCUGGGGGGGUGAAAAAAAAGGCUUUGUUUCACCUUUUUUUUUUUUAUUACGACGAAUCCGUUCAGCUACGUUAAUUCUCCACUUUUCCUCCUUAGCGACGGUCGUUAGGUUGUUAGCUGUUUUGGUAGCUGCUUGGCCUCGACAUCACAUCAUCUUAUAUUUUGUCUAACCCUUCAUCAUCUAUUUUUCUUUUUUGUUCUGGCUGGAUGAGAUGUCAUUCACCAUGGAGGAUAACUUAGACUUAGAGUCCGGAUGGGUGUCUGUUCGACCUAAAAUCUUCGACGAAAAAGAGAGGCAUAAAUUUGUUUUCAUCGUGGCCUGGAACGACGUCGAGGGAAAGUUCGCCAUAACCUGCCACAACAGGACGGUGCAGAGACGGAGCACUUUUCUGGACCCGCUGCUCGACUGUGCUUGUGCUCACCCCGCCGAUAAACAAACAAAACAACCCGACGACGAGGCGAGUAGUGUUAAAGUUAGACCGAAGUGUGUCCCUAAAGGAAAGCCAGGUGGUGUCAGGGAGAAGAAGUCAACAAAGAUAUCCGAUGGGUUAUGGGAUGUAGUGACACCCAGGGUGGUUGAUAUUGACAUUCUGGAUGUGGUGGAUGUGUAUGAGGAUGCAGAGGCCGGAGAAGGUGAGGGUAGCAGCAGCCGGGAGGACUUCAGCUGGGCCGGUUUGUUUUCCUUCCAGGAUCUUAGAGCAGCACAUUUGCAACUCUGCGCCGUCAACUCCGAUCUGGAGCCGUGUUUACCGUCCUUCCCCGAGGAGCAAUCCGGUCUGUGGUCGGUGCUGUUCGGUGACACCGGUGCAGUGUCGCAGCGGGAGACGGACGCCCUGUGCUACCAGCUGCAGGUGUACCUCGGCCAUGCUCUGGACACCUGCGGCUGGAAGAUCCUCUCGCAGGUGCUCUUUUCCGAGAGCGAAGACGACACCGAGGAGUACUAUGAGAGCCUGAGCGAGCUGAGGCAGAAAGGAUACGAGGAUGCGCUGGAGAGAGCCAAAAGACGCAUGCAAGAGGUUUUGGACAAACACAAAGCGAUGGACAGCAUGGUGGAGCUGCUGCAGGUUUACCCCGAGGAGGACGACGCGUACGCUGAGCUGCUGGAGGCCAUAACUCAGCUCUACCACUACCUGCUGCAGCCUUUCAGGGACAUGAGGGAACUGGCAAUGCUACGCAGACAGCAGAUUAAGAUAUCGCUGGAGACGGAGCGCCUGGGUCCCCGGCGGGUGGAGGGUUUUAGGAAAGAGGACGAGGAGUGGCAGAAGAAGGCUCACACCGCCGUGCUCUCCAUACAGGACCUAACUGUCAAGUUCUUUGAAACCACAAAUAGAGCACAGAAAGCGCUAUAUGAGAGGAUGCGCGCCGACCAGAGGAAGUUCGGCAAGUCGGCGUGGGCCGCAGCAGUGGAGCGCAUGGAGCGGCUGCAGUACGCCGUCUCCAAAGAAACUCUGCAGCUGAUGAGGGCCAAAGAAAUCUGUCUGGAACAGAGGAAACAUGUGCUGAAGGAGGAGAUGCAAAGUCUGCAAGAUGGAGAGGAUGCCAUGCUGCGUCUGGACCAGCUGGAGUCGCUGUACUACGAGCUGCAGCUGCAGCUGUAUGACAUCCAGGCAGAGGUGCUGCGCUGUGAAGAGAUGCUGCUCACCUCACAGCUGCAGAGCCUCCGCAGGCAGAUGACAGAGCGGCAGGACGAGGUGGUGUACUACGAUGCCUUUGAGAGCCCUGAUGCCAUGAAGGGUGUAGAAGACCCCGGGACCUCGCCGUCCCCCCUCAGAGACGAUGAACUCAGCGUCCUGCAGCACAGGACGCGGCAGCUGGAGGCCCGCAGGGGGCGCAUCACUGCCAAGAAAGUCUACCUCAAGAACAAGAAGGAAAUUUGUAUUGUCAAUCACAACCAGAAGAUACAGCAGCACCAAGGUCGCCAAGCUGACAGCAGCUCUCUGCAGCCUCUGCGGCCUCUGCAACAGGGAGAAAUUGAUGAAGAUGAUGAAGUCAAGCAAAAUGCCCGAGUGAGUCAGGAGAGGCAGAGGACUCUGGAUAGACUUCGCAGCCUCAAACAGCGUUAUCCGGGUCAGGUGACUCUGAAGUCCAGCCGGUUGCGUCUCAGCCAGGCUCACCCUCCUCGGAGGAGAGCGGGUCAGCAGCCGAGCACCCAGGCGGCGUGCGUUCAGACCGACUGCAUCUCCGACCUCCCAGAACUCUCCGCUCCUCCUCCAGACGCCUGCGGCUGCGACAGCGUCUCUCUACCAACAGUUCAGCUCGAUAAUCUCGACUCUUCACCUCCUUUCCUCUCGCUGCCUCCUCUGUCAACUUCCCCGUCUGUUCUCUCGCUGGGUCCCCCUCCUCCUCCACCUCCUCCCCCACCUCCCCCUCCGCCUCCCCCGCUGCCUCCUCCCUCAGAGGAGCAGCAGCAGAGUAAUCCCACAGACAGCCAGGUGCUGCCGCUUAAAUGUGAGUCCGAGUCCUCCUCGCUGCCGUUUUCUCCUCAGUUCUUCGACAGCAGCCAGCUGCUGACGGCGAGGAAGAAGUUGAAGAAGACGGCGUCUUUGGACUCCUCGCAGUGGAGAAGAGCGAGCUCCCCCAUGGACGAAGUUCUGGCGUCUCUCAAACGGGGAAGUUUCCACCUGAGGAAGGCCGAGCUGAGGGUCCUGGCCCCCGACCCCGACGACGACAGCAACAACAUCCUGGCUCAGAUCAGGCAGGGCGUCCGGCUCAGGAAGGUCCGAACCCGACCGGAGCAGCACCACACCAAGACCUUCCCCCACUCUACCGACGAUCUGACCCGCAGCAUCCACGAAGCUCUGAGGAGGAUCAAGGAGGCGUCGCCGGAGUCCGAGUCCGAAGACGAAGGCCUGCCGUGCACAGACUGGGAAAACUAGUUUGGUUUAAUGGAAGAUUUUUUUGUUUUUUUUUACUCUUUCGUGGAGCCAGAAUGAAAAGAAAAACAACCCGUUUCAAGCAGACAAACCAGGGUCUGAACCCCCUGAAGAAACCUUGGUGCAAUUUGAACAAAAGAAAAUCUUCAUUUUUUUAUAUCAGAGAAAAGAAAAAACUGCUCAGAGGUCUUUUUUUGUUGUUGUUGUUGUUUUUUUUUGUUUUUUUUUACAUACUUCUGUUUGUCAUUUGUAAAAAACAAAAUGGACCACUAAUCUUUUAUUUUUAAAUGUUCUGGCAUUUUAUUUGGCGAGGAAACAACCUCUAACCUCUCAUCAUGUCAGUCCAAACGUACUGUAGUUUGCUGUGAUGGGUUCGUUUUAGGAAGUGAGUGUUUCAUUUUUUUUUUUUUUAAUCUUUCGUCUCACUGAUUACGUUACACUUUUACACUUUUACAUUUUUUUACUCGUACUGUAUAUUUCAGCGCUUUUAAAAAAACAUUUACAUCCUGCAUCCUGAAGGUGGAGCUGUCACCAAAAUCAUGGUUUUCUAGUUAUUUUUUAAUCAACCUGGUGGAAAGAAAUUUUUUAAAACUUUUUUUCCCCACUUUUUAAAUGAUAUAUGCAUAAAAAAACAUAAAGAGAAAAGUGUGAUAUAAUAAGAGGAAUACAUGAUGGAGGAAAAGUCAUAAAACAUCUCGUUCAGAGAUUCAGAGAAAUAUGAAGUGAGGAAGAGGCGGAUUUGUACUCCUCCUUUGAGCCAUAACUCAAGUCAGAUCUGAACAUACACACACAUUUAUUUUUAUAUUGAGUGUGAUUUACACGUUCACAGGAUGAUCUCUAAUGUGCAUCAUGAAUAAACGUCCUUAAUUAUAGAAAAAAAGAUGCAGAAUCUGCCAGAGAUUCGUCAGGAUUUUAAGUUUUCUUCAGUAUCAAAGUGACUGAAAACAGGAACUGAUUACAGCUAGUACGUCAUACAUUUAAUGGCACCAAAUAGCAGCUAAAAUCCAUUAAUAUAAUUUUUUUUUUUUUUUAAUGUUGCAUUUUCAAUAUGUUAUAAUUUUCUGACACUUUGUUUAAUAGAAAUGUAUAUUCCAGGAACGCUGACACUCUCAGGAGAGACCACGGAGACUAAAAUAAAUAAUUUGUGCUCUAAUUAUAACAGAAUACAGCGUACACUCACACUAUGGAUAACUUGAAUCUUGGACUAGUUUAGUUUAAUUUAUUUUAAUUUAUUUCCGUCAUUAAACUCAAAUACAGACAUAUAAAUAAAGUAAAUAAUUAUACAUCCUUAUUUUCUUCAUCUCUCUUAUAAACUAAGAUGAGAUUCCUUAUAAAAUACCAUAUAAUAUAUAAUAUAUAACUUUUCACUGUAAAAACUCCUGCAGAUGUCAUUCAGCUCAUAAAAACUCAGCUUUAAAGUUAUAUAGCAGAUAUAAAGUAUAUAAAAUAGAUGUAUAUUCUCACUUACUGAUCACAGUAAAGUGAAUGAAAGUGAAUGUGUUUAGUGUUAAAAUAGAUAAACUAAGAGCACAAAUUAUUUAUUUAUUCUUUUUUUUUUCCCUUCAUGGCUUCUCUCCUCUGAGGCUUCGUACUACUCCAUUCAUAAAUGUACAGACCAUUUUCCCCGAUAUUAAAAAUCAGUGGAAGAACAGGCAGAAAAAAAACUUAGUUCGAACAGCUUAAACCUCUGAGUCAG